AUGGCUGGGGGACUUGUGUCGACAGUUGUCCGACUCGGCGACAUAUCUUACUACAUGCACCCUUUAAAUCUUUCUGGCUCUCACCUUGACAUACCGACGUUUGACCGCGAUACGGCCGCCGAAGCGUGUACUAUUCUUACAGUUGAUGAUCAAUUCCCUACCGCGAGCGUGCUCCAGACCAUCUUGGAUGAUUUCAGGACCAAGGCUGAUGUCUGGUCGCGAGAUUUCAUUGGGACUAUAAUUGUCCAGACAACCGAAACUGACCUUCAACUCACGGAAAACGACAAGAAUAUUCUUCGCAGCCUUGGAGCUAAUGAUAUACGUCUAUUUUACGAUGGCGCAGCGGAAGUUCAGCUUCCUCAGGGUCCUUAUUCCUGCAUCACGGUCAGCUUUACCAAGCCUAUCGGUUGUACCCCGAUACUGCAGAAUGCCUUUAUAGCGGCCACAGUUCCAGAUGAUGGUGAUGGCUUUCGAUCUCUAGAUGCUUCUGCGUACGGAGAACAGUUUCCAUCAGCUCUCACUGUCGCCGUACCCUCUCGCCUAUACUAUACCAAAUCAUAUUUGAAAGGGCUCAAGACAGGAGCUUCUUCGCGUGCCUAUACCGAGCUCUAUCCACACAAAGAAGAAAGCGCAGCAUUAGUCAAGCAGCUUAUCGAUUUGGGCUUUGCGAUAGUUGGAAAGCUAAAGACUACACGAUUUGCGGACUCGGAAUGGCCAACGAGUGACUGGGUCGACUAUCAUGGACCUUGGAAUCCGCGCGGAGACGGCUAUCUCACGCCUAGUGGAAGCAGUGCUGGCAGUGCUUCCGCUGUUUCCACGUAUACGUGGCUUGACACCUUUGGGGAGCAUCAGAUCACCAUCGGCGGCUCAGGGAAUUUUCGGAAUGAGACCCACGCUUGGAGCCGCAAAUACCACCGCAAUUGGGACACGAUUGGUGGAUUUGUCCGCACCGCAACGGAGUUCAAGACCCUCGCAGACGCACUCUACGAUACGGCGGAGACAGAAUGCAAGACUUACGAGGUACGGAGUUAA